UAAAUGAAUUAAUUCUAGGGAAGCUGUGUUUAAUUUUUAUGUCAAUUGUCUGGAUGAAAUUUUUUUGUUUGUUAAUUAUUUGGUGGGUUUUAAUUCUUGGAGUGAAGACAUCUCAUUUGUUAAUAGUUGAAAAUGCUUAAAUUAUACCAUCAAAGGGUGUGGGGCAGUGGAUGGGGCUGCUCCUCCCUUAAUCAGAGUUCUGUAUGAAAAAAUCCUUCGUAAGAGUGAUUCCCCGGCUGGGCCCUACGCGGCGCGAAUCUGGAUUUUGUCGGGCUCCAAGGUGGGUACCGAACACCGGGUAGAAACCAAAAAAAGAAGAAGAAAAGCCUUGAAUUAUUGAUUCCGAGCGGUGUGGCGGUGUUGAGGCGUCUAAAUUACCAUGAAUUCAGGGAAAAAAAAGCUUCUUAAAGGUUGUCUUAAAUGGUGAUAUAUUGAAGUCUGAUAAGUUUCACCCUAAUUUUGGACGUUGUACGAAGAACUAAACUUACUAGAACUAGAGAAACAUGCAAUCAAAGUCCAAAAGUGCAAAUUGUGGGGAAGCCAGAACUUGUAAUGUUCCGAAUUCCAUUGUAUAUUCUGAAGCUUGGUGGAAUACUGCUGGCUAUAAUCCUGUUUCUCUUGGAUUGAUGCGGGGAAGUGCAUCAGAUUCGCCAUCACCGGCACAAUCUGUGGAUGGCCGGUCACAUUCUGAUGGUGGAGCCAAUGAUGAAGAUGAUGAUGCUCCUGAAAAAUUACAAAGUACCAUACCUAUGCAUUCGGAUGGGAGUUAUGCACAAGUAGAUCAGAAUUCACAGCCAAUUGCAACAAGCAUACCUCCAAAGGGUGAUGGGAGCCUGACACAGCCCCCACAGCUUGAACUUGUUGCACACUCAAUGGCAUGUGCUCCAAAUCUGUAUGCCGACCCAUACUACGUGGGAAUGAUGACACCUUUUGGUCAGCCUAUGGUCCCCCCUCAUGUACUUGAUAUGCAUCAUCCGAGGAUGCCUUUGCCCCAUGAAAUGGCUCAAGAGCCUGUUUAUGUCAAUGCCAAGCAGUAUCAUGGUAUUCUGCGCCGAAGAGAGUCACGUGCAAAAGCAGAACUUGAAAAGAAGCUGAUAAAAGUGAGAAAGCCAUAUCUUCACGAGUCGAGACAUCAGCAUGCCUUGAGAAGGGCAAGAGCUUCUGGAGGGCGUUUUGCGAAAAAGUCAGGUGCUGGUACUUCGAAGGGACCCAGUUCUGGUUCUGCUGUUUCUUCACAGUCUGUGCAUUCAUCAGGUUCUGAACCUUUGCCGUCCAGUGCUGCUGAUGUUCCAGAGUGGCAUAACCGUUAUUCAAAUGGUGGUUAUGGAAAACAAAGCAGCUUUCAGGAAUCGAAAUAUCAGUCCCAGUCUGCCCAGGUAGGGGAAGGAGGUUCGCGAUGGUAGAAAUAUCACAUCCAAACCAGAUCUUUGCUGUGUAGUGAGGCUUUAGUACCACGGCAGAGCAAAAGAAUCUUAUCUGACCAUAUCAGCAGUUAUAUGUUUCACUCUUGGCUGGUUCAAGCCUGGUGGCAAUUCAUCCUUGGCUUUUUAUUUGAAUGUUAUAGGAAGGAGAGGUAAUGUACAUAGUAGAUUCAGUUCUUCCCUUAUGUACAAAAAAAGGACUAGGACUAGAGUUGAAAAUGAAGAAUUCAGUAAGCAUAUGGCUAGCUGGUUAGUGUAGUUUAGAGGGGUGUAAGCUGUAUAGUUAUAGGUAUGCUGUAGACUUGUCCCAUUUCCUCUCGGGGGAUGGAAAGUUGUAGGUAGGUUGUAUACUUUUUAAACCUUUCCUUUCUGCUGCUGUAUUUUAGGAUCCUGAUUUCGUGGGAAUUUCGAGUUUGUUAUUUAAUUCGAUGAUAGUGGUAUCAUCUUUAUGGGCUUAAUGUGAUAACAAUAGAAUUUGGAGUUUAUUCCAAGUACA